AUGAGGUGGGACAAGGUGGAGGAAGUAGGGCCCUGGUGCAGCAGUGGUGACCUGGCUGAAUUGGUUACUUCUGGAGCCGACUGGAUGAUGGUUCAUCUUGGCACCAGACAUAAGGCGGUUCAACAUAAUACGCUGGCCCUAAACAGCUCCAGAUGCCAAGAAUUGGCAAAUCACUACUUUGGUUUCAAUGGGUGGUCAGAAAGGAUCAUCAAGCUUCAGGAUCUUUCUAACCUUGAAGAAAGGGAAAAUGAAGCUAUUGUGACACCAAUUCAGAAGCAAAGCCUGAAGUUCUUCUGUGCUUUAGAGGUGGUGUUGCCCUCCCACGAGUGCAGGAGAACCGAAGUUGUCAUGGCUGAGGAACCUUUGGAUAAGUUGGAGGAAGGGUCAUUAUCAUUCCUUAUGGAAAGGAAGGUAACCCAGAAGCUUGCUAUUCAGAAGGCUAUGACAGAUGCAUUCCAGAAACUGCUGAUUGUGGCUUUAGAAAUUGGUAAAACAGCCGUGGCAUAUAGACUCUGUGAAGACGUCACAGAUGCUAGAACCAAAGAGGAACUACAGGAUUUAAUUCAAGUCAGCUACUUUUCUUGUCAGCCCUGUAGCCAAAGGGAGGAAGAAUGUCUCUCAGACUUCAGCUUCGAGGAGGAAGAGUUCAGAUUGCCAGAACUGGACUAGCACUUUUGAAUUUCUCAGAAUGCCACAUCCUGUGGUUUCCUCGGGAAGCUCUGCAUCCUUCCCAACCCCGCUCCACCCCUGGGCUGCUGGAGUUUGUGGCCACUGGGGUCUGCAGCCCAAAUCCCGCCUCAUUGUUUGGGGCCUGGGAGGGCAGGGCGGGGUUGGGAAGGGGGCCCGGCAGGAGGUAAUUGUCGCCUUUGCAAGGGGAAGGGUGGCUUGUGCCCUGGGGACUCUGGGAAAAAGGCUCACU